AUGGCUCUUAACCAUUUGUUUUUCACAAUCUCUUUGCUUCUUCCACUAAUGUCAUCACUUUUGGUUAUAGCUUCCACAACCGAUGGUACUGGUUAUGUCCCUAGACCAUACUCUGAGACUACCAAGUUGGAAAAUACCAUGUUAGGCAUUCAAGGAAUGGUUUAUUGCAAAGCAGCCUCCAAAUCCAUUCCUAUUGAAGGAGCGGUGGUGAGGAUUUCCUGUGAUAGCGUGGAUAAUUAUGGGUUGGAAAAAGCAGAAGAUGUCUCGUUUUUAAGUGGUGUAACAAAUAAAGAGGGUUAUUACUUGGCAACACUAUCUGCUUCAGAGAUUGAAAGCAAUAAAAAGCUUACAAAGUGCAAAGCUUUCCUUGAGCUCUCUUCAUCAGACACUUGUAAUGUCCCAACAGAUGAAAACAAUGGGAUUUCUGGUGCGUCCUUUGCUUAUUGUCGCCUCCUCAACAACAACAAGAUCAAAUUGUGCACUAUAGCCAGGCCUUUCUAUUUCACCUCAUCAUCAGAACCUAAUAAAACAAUUUCUAAUGGUUAUUAA